CGAAGCACUGGUCUGCAUAUCCACAUCAUUGUUGUCAGACUUGUGGGAAGACAACUAUGGUUUGGGAAUUUCAGGCAAAAUAGAAAGCUUAAAUGAUUUAUAGAACGAUUAAGCACUGUCACUAGAUAGCAAGGUUCUUUAUUCAUUACAGGCUAUUCACUAUUUUUUCAAUAUGUUGUACUAGAGUCAGGAAGAGGCGAAUAUUAUAGAGCGGUAGGUGACCGGCCUAAGGAAGGGUCAAAUAGGGAACAAGGUCGAGGAAAAGAAUUUUGAGCAAAACUUCGUCACUUGCAGGGAUCGAGAAGCGAAUGAGGAUGUCGGCAAUAGGAAGGAAGGACAAACAGUCUCUGCUGGAUUUGGAUAAUAAAGUUAAAGAAGUGCGACAACAGUUUUCCGAUCAAGUCAAAUGUCUUGACUCGCGGCUCGAGAACAAAGUUGCUCUGGUCACAGACAUUCAGGAAUUUAUCCGCAAAAGGUCCGAGAUUGAACUGGAAUAUUCUAAGAACUUGGAAAAACUUGUCGAUAAAUUCCGACUACGGUUCCAAAAUCAGCGAAAUACAUACGGACUAUCAGACAAAGAGAGAGCUGCGCCUGUGAACUUAUGGUGGAAGCUGCUAAAAGACACCAAAUCCAGAACCAAAGCUGUGUCUACAUUCAGUGACAUUUUGACUAAAAAUGUGGCUUCCAGAUUAAAUGAUAUGAACGAGGACAUUUCUAGAAUAUCAAGAAAUGUUCGUGAUACGAUGGUCAGUUUGCAAGAAGAAUUAAUGAGCAGUGUCCAUGAUGUUCAACAGUCAAUGAAAACGUAUUACCUCAAGCAGUCGGAGCUCAUUUUUGCCCAUGGAAAACUGAAAGAAUCAUUUAAUGCGAAAAUGAAAGCGGAGAAAGAUUCCCAGAACAAGAAGGGGAACGAAAAGAGGAUGAAAAAUAUCGACAGAGUCAAAGAAAAGAGACAAAUGCGGUUUAACGAAUGUCGGAUCAAUGCGACCAAGGCAAGAAAUGAUUACAUUUUGCUGCUCAAAGCAACAACAGCAACGUUGGGCAAAUUCUUUGAUCACGAUAUUGAUGACAUCAUAGCGAGAACCGAUCAUAACUACCACAACAGCUUCAAGUGUGCGUUCCAGGCUUAUUGUCGCACCGAACUGCAUUUCGCCAACUCUGUGACGUUAACUGCUGACUCCCUGUCCCGCGAAAUUGGCCUGAUAGACCCAGACAACGACCGACAAAUGUUCCUUGAGGACAACCAACAAGCAUUUCUUCCUGAGAAGAAAAUUAGUCACACAAAGCAUUCUGAAGAUUCGAUAACCGCUAUUACAGCCGUUGGUUCAAUAAAGCAGAAUUUAGACAAACUACACGAUAUCACCCAUAGUGAAUUGCAGAGGCAAAAUUCAGAAUUAGCCGAGCUUGGUGACAUUUUAUUGCAAAAGAAUAGCAAACUGGGUGACAUUUAUCACAAAUAUGAAACGGAAAUGAACGCCCAACACAGUGUCGACAUCCAAAUCAAAGUUAGCAAAGAGGAUUGUGAGACAAGCUACUUGCAAAAAUUUCGCGAAUUGCUUGAAUUGCAAAGGUGCAGUACUGCGACCCAAGUCAAACAUGAAACGCUGACAGAAGCUUUGCGUGAAAUCGCAGAAAAUGCUAAAAGACCAUCAAGCGUUGAGGAUGAAUUUGGACCGUCCAUUGUGAGGCCAAUCAAACUCUUUGGAACAACCCUUGAUUUUCAAGCCCUCGCGACAGGACAAGACAUCCCAGAAAUAGUGGAAAGUUGUAUAAGAUUUAUGUGUGAAUUUGGUUUGGAACACCAUGGGAUCUUCCGGGUGUCAGGCACAUCACAGGAAAUAUCCGAUAUAAAAAAGAGUUUCGAAGAAGGAAAGAACCCACUGGCAAGUUUGAAUCAUCGAAAGGAUAUCAAUGCUGUUGCUGGGGUUUUCAGAGCGUACUUUCGAGAGCUUGAAGAGCCGCUGUUUCCAUCCAAGUUCUGCAAUGAUUACAUUCGAAUCAGUCGCCUACAAUCCGUUGAAGAACAGAUACAAGAAACACAGAAGAUAAUGGCUGCUUUUCCAGCGCUUAAUCUACGAAUCAUAAAAUAUCUUUUCAAGUUCUUGAAUCUCAUUUCAACGAAAAGCGAAGUAAACAAAAUGACUCCUCAUAACCUAGCCGUUGUUUUCGGGCCUACGGUUAUCAGAGCACCAGCCACCGAAGAUGUCAUCACUAGCCAAGGACAGAUUAAUAUCUUCAUUGAAUUGUUCAUCACUGAACUGUUUAGUAUAUUCCCCAACGACAAGCCACUUAACGAUGAUGGAACAUCGAUUCGAAGCGAUGAUGGAGAUGAUGAAGAUGGCGAUGAUGACGAGGACCUUGGUAGUGACGAAGAAAAUGACGGUGAUUUCUUGGAAGCGGAAGCACUUUACGACUACUCUGCACGAUCGCAUAAAGAACUGUCUUUUAAAAAGGGUGACAUCAUUCAAGUGUUCUCCCGCGCGAACAAAGACUGGUGGGAUGCAAGGGUCAAUGGAUCGUUUGGCUUCGUUCCUGCGAAUUACGUCAAAGUUGCGUCACCAGACACCGAAAGACUAGAUAUUUCAGGCGAUGACGCAUCAUCGUGUGGUGCGACAGAAGUGCCAAGCAAAGCAAAUAGUUCUUCAGAAGAACCAUUGCUUCUUGAAGAAAAGAUUAUCAGUCCGCGUUCUGAUGACAAUAAAUCUCCUUUAGAUACGCCGCGGUCAAAUUCGCGCGAAUCACCGAGUAAUGUUUUUGUAACUAUUGAUCCAACUGUGUCAAAGAGCAGCGUAAAGUCAGCGACUUUAGGAAAUAAAUCGGCAGGUCCACUUGCUGGUCCGCAGUUUUUACAGAAUCGUGGCGCAUCUCUCCCACGGCAGGCGCUUAAAAGCGAAUCAGAUUUGAUUUCGACUGAUUCACUAUCCUCAACUGUGACUGCAGUCAGGGAGGCGUUUGGUGGUCCCAAACCGCUGAAACCUGGCGCGAGUAAAUCGAUGACAAUAUCUGCUACGGAUUUAAGAAACACACAGAGUAAGCUUCGACCUGGUACUCCAGACGAUAUUUUGGCAACUUCGGAGGCUGCACCAUCAUUUGAGGAGCGCUCUACCGCUUUAGAGAGGGGUGGAAGCGUGAAAAACAUUUCUCAAAUGUUUAAUCGCCAAGGCAGUGGGUCUUUAUACCGUAAACAAGCGACGUCAAGUACUGCUUCUGAUGAAAAUGCCUCAUCACCAACUGGUGACGAAGUCAAGCGGAUUGGAUCGACUAGCAGCGCGGACGAGCCGGAAAGAGAAAGUAAACCACCAGCGCCAGCAGUGAAGCCGAAGCCUUUCAUCAAAAGAGAUUCUGUCGGCUUGGCCGCAACGCAGCCAGCUGCUGUUGCCGCGCCAUCUGAACUGAUAGCGAGCAUCAAGGCCGCGGCAGCGGCAAAAGUUGUCAAGGAAGGAGUAGGUGGUAUUAAGGAAGAGACAAAUUUAUAAGGUUUUUAUAUGGAGGCGACUAAUUUACAGUCAAAAUAGUUUGCAUGUAGUCAAAAUUUAUUUUAACCAAAAUGCGAGUGUGGAUUUAUUAUGUUAGCGUAGUUAAAGGGAGCGAAAUCGUGUCCUUGUGGAGCAUCGAGCAUUUUCGAAUUUACGACUCUGCACAACAUAUUAUGGCUCACCGAUUACAUUGCUCUGGGAUUUAUAAGCCUACAUAUUUAGAGUGUGGUAUCUGGGACCGGACAUUAAUCUUUCCGUAUUAUCGUUCAAGCGUAAUUUGUAAGUUACAUUUCUCAACUCGAAAACGUUUAAUAACGUUACACUCUGGUCACAUCAGGUUCGACUGAUAUCCAACGCAUUUGUUAUUGCUGGUCUGGAAAUGAUUUGACUGUUAUUGUAAAAUAACUGAUUGAAAAGAUACUCUCAAAGUCAGCAAUUGGCAACAGAGUCAACAAGAAGAAUUUUGCGUUGCUCAAAUCGGCAUUCUCGUAGGCUUUCGUGUCACUUUAUUGCAUUUAUUGAAAGUCAAUAGCCAUUUUGCUAUGAUAUUAAGCUAGAAAACAUUCAAAGCAUUUUAUAAGACUCGAGUCUUUUUCCUUUAUUCCUAGUCUUUGUAGGCAAGCCAAAAUCCUAGCAAUACUCCCUGCUUUUUCUAUGUUGUCACGGUGUUAUUUGGAGUAGGGAAGACCUUUUUUGAGCAAGACCAGACUAACUUUUAUGAUGCAUCUUAGUGGCUGAAGGAUUUCGCCAGAUUCCGUGUUCCAAGAUUUUUCUUUGAAGGAAACUUGGCUAACUUUGAACAUUUUAUGACUUCGUCUCUCAAUUAUGUUGGGAGUGGGGUUGUUAGAAAUCUCACUCCAAAGGUUACACCAAAAUACCCAUGGUACCUGUCGAUGUAGCAGUUUUGACCCGGCGUUAUCUUUCUUAUUUUUUAAUGUAUAGUAUCUUUCUGGAUUUUUUAUUUGUGGGACUCAAAGAAUUAAUUAAGUACGUUUUAGCACAAUUUUUCUCUAUUAGAAAGGACGCUCAGUGUUUUUACAUGCUGAUAAUUCAUUCGCAAUCUCUGUGGCAUUCCCGUAGGCCUAAUUUUGCAGUUUUGUAACCCUACUUAUAACAGCGUUUCUGUGCAAUUCUGGUCCUUAAAAUUUUGAUAGCCCCGUCGAAAUGAGCCUGCGUAGCAGUGUAUUAUAGUCUUGAAUACUAUGUUGUAAUUUGAAUUACUUUCGAAGCAUUUGUUUGCGUCUAGCAUUUAAUGAUUUACGGAUAAAAUAAUUGCUUGAACAAGAAAAACUUAGCAAAUAAACUGUUUGUGCGUUUCGACGAGGUUAGCAAUGUUUAGAUAAUUUAUGUAAUCGAAAAUUGGUGUUCGAGUUUAGGCCAAAGCAUUAUGUUUAUAAUCCCAUUUUUCUAGAUUUUGUAAUUACAAUGAAAAUUAUUAUGAACAA